AUGCCAGUACAGUAUCAGCUGGCUGAUUCGUUUCUAACCGAAAAGCUAUCCGAAGAUGCAGUCCACUACAAACUCUACGAGCAGUCGAAGCCGCCUUCCGGACGGACUCCCACUAAUGAGGGCGAUGUGUUUAUCUUCAGCGAAGGAUCCGUGGUCUUCUGGAAUGUGAAGAAGGACGAUGCGGCCUCUUUUUUGAAAGUGCUCCAGCAGUACGCCGUUAAACCGUAUUCACAGUCUAUUGUCCAGGAUGAAGCGGAAUUUCUGGACUACUCUUUUACGGAUGGCCCUGGUGACGAGUACCGUGGUCGACCAGGAGUCCCGUCGGCAGCAGACGCUGCCAAACUGUCAUCCGACGGCCAUAUUCUGCUGCGGAAAUCCAUGGAGGUUGUCCAUCCCCAGUUGCUCAGUCUGAUCAAAUACGCCUUUUCCGACGCCACUGUGCUUUCUGUUAAGUUGGCUGUUUAUGAGGCUAUGCUGCAAGAAUACGUGGGAUCCAUCGAAAACGUCGCUGAGGACAUCAAAACAAACGGACGUGAUUAGCUUGUCGAAAGGUCAAGUGCUGCGUAAAACAGGGAGCUGUUCUUCCUCCGGCACUCCAUUAAUCUGGGCUCGAAUAUGCUGGAUCCACCUGAUUUCUACUGGGAUCGUGAAGAUUUGGAAGCUGAAGAUUUGGAAGCACUGUACCGUGCCAUGUGCACGUAUCUUAACAUCGGUCGGCGUACACGCAUUUUCAACGAAAAACUUAACCACUGUUAUUCUUUGGUAGAGCUGUUGCGUGACCAUCUGAACAACCAGCACCAUGUUCGAUUAGAGCUGAUGAUUAUUGCGCUCAUUUGCGUGGAAGUGUUAUUUGAAUUCUUGCAUUAUGCCGAGAAGUACAUGAGCACGGCUCCGUGAUUUUGUAUAUUUUUUUACGAGUCAGUGUUUUCUUAGUUUUUUAUCGUUUUAUUGUGAUCUUGAAUAAAGCAGACU